AUGUGGAUCGUGGUGAGUCUGCUGUGUUGCCUCACGCUCGGGGGGCUACCAGGGGCAAGCGGCUCGUGCCCAUCCCAGUGCAGCUGCGCCUUCCACAGCCUCAGUGAAGGGACCAAAGCCAGGACAGUGCUGUGUAAUGACCCAGAGAUGACCCUCCCUCCUGUGAACAUCCCCGUAGAUACAAUCAAGCUUCGGAUAGAAAAGACAGCCAUUCGCAGGGUGCCAGGAGAGGCUUUCCACCUACUUCACAACCUGGAGUACCUCUGGAUGCCCUAUAAUUCCUUGGCCAGCCUCAGUGGAAUCACCUUCAAGGGUCUUCAUCGUCUACAGGAGCUAAGGCUGGAUGGGAACAAUUUAAUAGCUUUCCCCUGGGAAGCCCUGGCUGGCAUGCCACAGCUAAGGCUUCUGGAUUUGCACAACAACGAACUUACCUCAGUCCCUCCAGAUGCUGCUCGUUAUGUCAAGAAUAUCACAUACCUGGAUCUGUCUAGCAAUAAGCUGAUGACUCUUCCUCAGGCUCUUAUUGCCACCUGGGCAAACCUCCAGGCUGUUCCUUACUUCCCCAAUGAUAACUCCAAGAUCAUCCUAGGCUUGCAAGACAAUCCUUGGGUGUGUGACUGCAGUCUGUAUGAAAUGGUCCAUUUCCUGAAUUUCCAGUCUCCUAACAUAGCGUUCAUUGAGCCCAGGCUGAAAUGCUUCACGCCCAGGAGCCUUGCAGGAGUGUUCUUCAGCCAGGUGGAGCUCAGGAAGUGUCAAAGCCCCGUUGUACACACGUCUGUAGCCAAAGUGAAGACCAUCCUGGGCAGCACUGUGCUGCUGCGAUGUGGGACAACAGGGGUGCCCAUCCCUGAGCUCAGCUGGAGGAGAGCUGACGGUGCUCAACUGAACGGCACAGUUCACCAAGAGAUUUCCAGUGAUGGGAUGAGCUGGUCUAUUCUGGGCCUGCCUGUAGUCUCUUACCUUGACUCUGGAGAGUACAUCUGUAAAGCGAAGAAUUUUCUGGGAGCAACAGAGGCGUUCAUCUCUCUCAUCAUCACAGACUCCGAAAGCACGGAUGACCCUAACUCUAAUGGCAAAGGCACAUGGAAUGGGAAGGCGAGUGGGAUGGAAGCAGCUGCCUACAAUGACAAACUAGUAGCAAGGUACGUUAUCACCACCUCCACUGUGCCUACCCUGGGGGCUGGAGUGGGCACCGGAGAGGGCCUCCUCUCGGAUGUGGAACAAGACGGCAACCCCAGAAACCUGCUGGUGAGCCCACCCACUGGUCAGCAGGAGCCAGAACGAAUGGUGAGGAGUGUCAGGGUAAUAGGAGACACCGACCAGAGCAUCACCCUGGCCUGGAAAGCACCUCUGGCAAAGAACACGACGGUGUUCAGUGUCCUCUAUGCCAUCUUUGGAGAGAGGGACAUGCGGCGGAUCAACGUGGAGCCGGGGAAGACCAAGGUCACCGUCUAUGGGCUGCUGCCAAAGACCAAAUACAUCGUGUGUGUCUGUGUGAAAGGACUGAUCCCCAGGAAGGAGCAGUGCAUCAUAUUUUCCACGGAUGAAGUUGCCAGUGCAGGAGGGACCCAGAAGCUCAUCAACGUGGUUGUCAUCAGCGUGGCCUGUGUCAUCGCCGUUCCCCUGACGCUGGUGGUCUGCUGCGGAGCGCUGAAGAGGCGCUGCAAGAAGUGCUUCGUGCGAAAACCCAAGGAAAUUCAGGAAUCCUAUGUCACCUUUGAAAGCCUGUCUCCUGGGGCCAAGGCAAAAGGCGUGGAAGGGGAAUACUUGACUAGACAUACCCCUGAUGAGUCAAACAGGCUGCUGUCUGCCCGCUCCAGCGUGGACUCGGAAGCGAUACCAAAGAUAGAGGGACAACCUAAUGAAUACUUUUGCUGAUAGUAGCUAGGAUGAUUGUCAGCUUGCCAGGUGGAAAGCAUGUGGCUGUAUAUAUGA